AUGAUGACGACAUUGUUAAAUAAUAUUAAAGAACCGUUACAUCAUAUACCAAAUCAACCAGUUAUGACGGUUACAUCGAAUUAUACAGAUUUAACUAUGCUAAAUACGAAAAUAACUACUAGUAACAACAAUAAUAAUAACAAUGGGAGUGAUAUCACUACUCAUAAUGGUAUAACAAGUAGUAGCAGCAGUGGUCAUUGCAGUGAUAAUAACGAUCUAAAUGUUGUUGAAUCACAUUUAUUACUAGACAACUGUGAUGAUGCGAUGUUAUCAUCAUGUAACAGUUCACUUAUAAUGGAUGAACAUGAAACUAACUCAGGCAGUAAUUCACCAAUGACCAAUGCAAGUGUUACCAUGGCAACUAGUGAGAAUAUUAUGACUAAUACAAACAACAACAACAACGCCAACACCAACACUAAGAAUAACAGUACACAUUCUAUAAUGCAUACAUCGCCAUCGUCGUCUUCGUCUCCAUCAUCAUCGUCAUCAUCAUCAAUAUUGGAGCAUCAUCAAAUAUCUACCUUCAAGAAUAGAGAGUCGAAUGAUUUUCGUUGGAAUACGAAAAAUACAAAAUUAUUUGUUGGACAGAUACCAAGAAGUAUGCAAGAAAAUGAUUUACGGGUAAUAUUUGAAGAAUUUGGACCAAUUUAUGAUCUGUUAAUCUUAAGAGAUAAAAUUACUGGGAUGCAUAAAGGUUGUGCCUUCGUUACAUUUUGUCAUAGACAAUCAGCUUUAAAAUGUCAAGAUGCUUUACAUGGUAAACAGACGUUGCCUGGGAUGGCAAGACCAUUACAAGUAAAAACUGCUGAUAUGGAACGUCGUACAGAAGAACGUAAAUUAUUUGUUGGUAUGUUAAGUAAACAACAAAAUGAAGAUGAUGUCAGAUUAUUAUUUGAACCAUUUGGUACAAUUGAAGAGUGUACAAUACUUCGAGAUCAAAGUGGAAAUAGUAAAGGGUGUGCGUUUGUAAAAUUCUCUACACAACAGGAAGCACAAUCCGCUAUUCUUACUCUACAUGGAAGUCAAACAAUGCCGGGAGCUUCAUCAAGUAUCGUUGUGAAAUUUGCCGAUAGUGAAAAAGAACGUCAUACAAGAAAAAUUCAACAAUUAAUUGGUCCAAUGGGUUUAUUGAGUCCAACCAUAGCACUGUCUCAACUAAAUGGUAAUAUGUAUUCACAAAUGAUAGAGAAUAUGGCACAAACAACAGGUUAUAUAAAUCCAGUUGCUGCAUUGGCAUUACAACUUCAGCAUGCCAGUCAGUUAGCUACAGUCAACUUACCGACUAAUGUAACAAAUUUAGCAAUGAUUUCUGCUUUAACCAACGGUUCCAGUGGACAUUUAGGCUGUGCUCCACUACUGCAUAGUCCACGUUCAGGUACUGUUAAUCUAUCGCCUAACUGUCAUACAAAUCCAAUGGCUGCGGCAGCAGCUGCCGCCGCUGUGCUUGGUAUGUCCGGCAAUAAUCCUCAGCUAACACAAAUAUCACCUCAAAUGGCAGCUUUAUCCAAUGUAAACAGUACAUGUAUUUCUGGAGAGACAGGAAAUAAUAACCCCACUAAUAAUGGAAGCUCUACAGCGGCAGCGGCCGCCGCUGCACUCAGUACAAAUGCAGCAAUGGCUGCAGCCGCCGCAGCUGUAGUUGCUAUGGCAAAUGGGAAUGUGACAGGGAAUGUGAAUUCAAAUGGAACAACAUGUGGUUUGACAGGACAAACAAUAGGCUUAGGAUCUCCCGGAACUGGUGGUCAUACAUUGGCUCUACAUGGAGUUCCUGGGACACAUACACCAUCGGCAACUCUCAGUGGUCUUGGCGCUGUUUCUCUUCCUUUGAAUCAAGCAAUUUCAAAUACUUCUUUUGGCUUAAAUACAUUAACAUCUCCAUUAACUGGACUUCCUACUGAUGCACUUUCCCAUUUGUAUCCCAGUGUUCCAACUUAUGGAUUAUCUUAUCCUUCACCGGUCACAUCUGCUUUAAAUCCAUUCGCUACAAUGGCACAUCAAGCACUUACAAUGCCUAUUCAACAGAAAGAAGGUACUAAAGAUCUAAUAUUAACAGGGCCAGAGGGAUGCAAUCUUUUCAUAUACCACCUUCCACAGGAAUUUGGCGAUCCAGAAUUGGCUCAGAUGUUUAUGCCAUUUGGAACAGUAAUCAGUGCUAAAGUAUAUGUUGAUCGUGCAACGAAUCAAAGUAAAUGUUUUGGUUUUGUUAGCUUUGAUAAUCCAUCAAGUGCACAAACAGCUAUACAUGCAAUGAAUGGUUUUCAAAUUGGUAUGAAACGUCUUAAAGUUCAAUUGAAACGUCCAAAAAGUGAUUCUACAAAACCAUAUUGA